UCCUGAGCGUCACUGAAAGGCUCUCCACUAACCGCUGCGCGUAAUGCACACGGCGCACAUCGAAGAAUGGAGAGCGAUAAGACCUAUAGAUCAAUCUAAACUCACAGAGAUGCAUUAUACCUACAGCAGAUAAAAAACAAACCUCAAACUGUCUUUUAUAUCAACGCGUAUCCUUCACUGCAUUGGAGAGUUUGGAUAUUAUUGCGUGCGUUUUACGCGGAUCUGGAUAAGUCUGUUUUAGAGGGGAUAUUAGAGCGAACCGCGCGGGAUUACUUUUAUUAGAGGCAGUUUGCACGAGUAAGUUAAAGUUGCAUGUCAUGGGUUCUCUUCUGGCAUUAAUAUUAGCGCUCUCCCUGAGCGCAUCAUGGGGAUGCCAGCUGCCCCACGACUGGAGACCUCAGACGGAAGCGUGCCGCGCCGAGCUCGCGGAGAUCAUAGUUUUCGCCAAGGUGCUCGCCCUUCAUAAGGAGUCUUACAGCGUGUACAACUACCUGCCGUGGCAGUACGACACGGAUCUGUUCUUCUCCGCGGAGAUCGAGCUGCUGUGCGAUCAGGCAUGGGGGAGCAUGCUGGAGGUGCCAGCCGGCUCCAGGUUCAAUGUCAGCGGGCUGGGAUAUUUCCCCUGCUACUCGUACAGCGUCAUGGAGAACAACUCCUACUAUUUCUUUUUGAGGAUGGACGAAAACUACAGUAUCAUUCCUCACGGAGUCAACUUCCAGGACCCCAUCUUCCCUGACACCCCGGAGAACCACCGCAUGUUUGCCAGCUUGUUCCAGUUUUCCAACUGCACCGCUGGCACACAGGUUCACACGUACACCCCAGACUGGGAGGCCCAGGAGGACAACCGACUAUGGUGCUCCAAUGUGCAGAAGGCCUUAUUUGAGGAGGAAGAGAAAGUCAAAAACCUCUCUCAAAAAGUGAAAAUCCUGGAAAAGGCCAACAAUCACCUGAGAGACAAGGUGAAGAACAUGAAACGUCUCUUGAGGCAGGCCAAACGAGAGACCAAAGAGCCCGUUCAAAGCUUCAAACAGCUUCACGAAGCCGAACCAGAGUUGCCCCAUCCACAGCAGGACACCACCCAGGACCAGAAGCCUACUCUCAGGAAAAUCCUGCCCAGAAAGCUCAAGAACUAAGAGCUGUAGUUCCUGCACUGAAGGAACGUCGAUUGAAACGAUGGUGUAUUGGCAGACCUAGACUAAUGCUGAAAGCUCAUAGGGAUCUAUGAAGAUAGUGUAGCCUUCAAAACGUUCUCAUCUGCAAUGAACUGUGGAUUAUCCUUCAAAAUGGAUAGACAAAUAAAUCCAUCUUGCAAAGAGGCAUUAGACUAGUUCAAUUGUUCUUUAAUAACUUCAGAAGGUUUAGACAAACAGCUUUCUUCAUAUAAUAAGGC